AUGCUGCUUCUGCGGAACAUUGUAGUUGUACAGCUGAAGAAGAGUAAUAUGCUUUAUUUAAGUAACCUUGCUAAUGUGAAAUACAUCCUGAACAACAAAAGGUAUUUCACGUUGUUGAAGAAUGAAAGAUUAGAUAGACUAAAGAGAGAAAUUCGUUACAAGCCAAAUGAUAACUUCCUGAUAUUACAAUUUUAUAAAGAGGCUAAUGUACAUAAUCCUAAUGAAGUUAUAAAACAUUAUGAAAAUACUAAUAACAUUAAAAAUGAAAGUAUAACAAAAGAAUAUAUAAAAGCUUUAGUGUAUACAAAUAAACUAAAAUACACAAAUCUUGAUAAUAUAAAAUAUGAUAGUGAUCCUAUGUUUUACAGAAGAUCUAUGGAUGAAUCUAAUCAAUCCACUGAUAUGAAUGAUGAACGUCCAAAUAUAUAUGAAACGAAUAAUUUAAAUACAGAUCCAGGUUACACUAACAUGUCUCAGUCUGCUCCUAGAAUAGAUUAUGGAGAUAAAAAAAAAGGCGUCCACAAUGAAAUUUUUAGUUUACAAAUAGACCCAAAGAAGCCUUUAAAAGUUUCAGUAAUAGAUGGAAAUAAAAAAGGGAUAUGGAGUUUGCUCAAAUCAACUAUUGGAUUUCUAAUCCUCGUAGCAGCGGCUAGUGUAUACUUAGAAGGAGUAUCACAAAACGUACAAAAAGGUAUAGGAGUAGUAAAUAAGAAAAUAAUUCCGGUAGAAAAUGUGAAGGUUACCUUUGCAGAUGUAAAAGGCUGUGAUGAAGUAAAGCAAGAACUAGAAGAGAUUAUUGAUUAUUUAAAAAAUUCAGAUAAAUUUACAAAAAUAGGUGCCAAACUACCUAAAGGGAUAUUAUUAUCUGGGGAACCGGGAACAGGAAAAACAUUAAUUGCUAGAGCCAUAGCAGGAGAAGCAAAUGUUCCUUUUCUCCAAGCUUCAGGUUCCGAAUUUGAAGAAAUGUUUGUUGGGGUUGGUGCAAGAAGGAUAAGAGAACUUUUCCAAGCAGCAAAAAAACACGCACCUUGCAUAGUUUUUAUUGAUGAAAUUGAUGCAGUGGGAUCAAAAAGAAGUAACAGAGAUAAUAGUGCAGUCAGAAUGACUCUCAACCAAUUAUUGGUAGAAUUAGAUGGGUUUGAACAAAAUGAAGGAAUUGUCGUAAUAUGUGCUACGAAUUUUCCACAAAGUUUAGAUAAAGCAUUAGUUAGACCAGGUAGAUUGGAUAAAACAAUUGUGGUACCUUUACCAGAUAUAAAAGGUAGAUAUGAAAUUUUAAAAAUGUAUAGCAAUAAAAUUGUACUCGCAAAAGAUGUAGACUUACAUGUUUUAUCAAGAAGAACAGUUGGAAUGACCGGUGCUGAUUUGAAUAAUAUACUAAACAUAGCUGCCAUUAAAUGCUCAGUAGAAGGAAAGAAAGCCGUAGAUAUGAAUUCAAUCGAACAAGCAUUUGAUAGAGUUGUUGUAGGAUUACAAAGAAAGUCACCCCUAAACGAAGAAGAAAAAAAUAUUACAGCAUAUCAUGAAGGUGGACAUACAUUAGUUAAUUUUUAUACAAAAGGUUCUGAUCCUGUUCAUAAAGCAACCAUUAUGCCUAGAGGUAUGUCAUUAGGAGUUACAUGGAAAAUCCCAAUUAGUGAUAAAUAUAGCCAAAAAAUAAAAGAUGUUCAAAGUGAAAUAGAUAUACUUAUGGGGGGAUUAGUUUCUGAAGAAAUAAUUUUUGGAAAGAAUAAUGUUACUACAGGUUGCUCUAGUGAUUUACAAAGAGCUACACACAUAGCACAAUCACUUGUUAUGAAUUAUGGUGUAGGAAUAAAUGAAGAAAAUAUAUCCAUGUUCUUACAAGAUAAAAAAAAUAUUAGUGAAGAAAUGAAAUUAAAAAUUGAUAAAUCUAUUCAAAGAAUAUUAUUAGACUCAUAUAAUAGGGCAAAGAAGGUUCUAAAUCAACACAUUGAUGAACUACACAGAGUUGCCUCUGCUCUUGUGGAAUAUGAAACGUUAACUAGUGAUGAAAUCAAAUUAGCUAUGCAAGGAAAGCAUGAGCAGAUAAGAAAAAAUAGAGAAUUAAAGCAAAAAGAGUUCAAUUUGAAGGACAAUAGAAUUUCGUAA